CCAAAUUUGAUUGCCUUCAAUGUUGCAUCUGCUGUGUUGCUGCUCUUGAAUAUUGAGCAUAGUAGGUCACUGGUUGAUAUCUGGGGCAAGGCAUAAUAUAGACUGCCAUGUGUAGUCUGCUGUGUGUAUGAUGGACAUUUGAAGACGGUUGGGAGGACACACGGUCAGUGGGUGCCCGUAGCUCCUUUUUUGGCCACUAAAAAGGACACACAUGACCCAUGCCCUGUCCACACACUUUCUAUUCCUGUAGCAGUCCGCCACCCAGUGGACAAAUCGUACAACUACACAAUUCAGCUGAAUCCCAUCAUGCUUUGCCGUGCCCGCCGACCCGAGAGCUACUGAUGCUAGGCUAGCUGCCGUUAGCUCCGGGGAGCGGACAUGUUGUACCGACCCUUCCUUGAAUAAACAUCGCUCAAAGCGGGGAAUAAAGGGGUUGAGGGGCGUUGGGCAAUCAUGGACGCCGUCAACGCCUUUAACCACGAGUUAUUCUCGUUGAUGGACUCCAAGCCCCCAAUAUCUCGGGCAAAGAUGAUCUCCAUCACCAAAUCGGCCAUCAAAGCUAUGAAACUCUACAAGCAUGUGGUCCAGAUUGUGGAAAAAUUUAUCAAAAAGUGUAAGCCUGAGUACAAGGUAGCAGGUCUGUAUGUAGUGGACUCCAUCGUUAGGCAGUCCAGACACCAGUUUGGAGCAGACAAGGACGUGUUUGGCCCAAGGUUUACCAAAAACAUUACAGGAACCUUUGAAAACCUCUGCCUCUGCCCCGUAGAGGACAGGAGUAAGAUAGUGCGGGUGUUGAACCUGUGGCAGAAGAAUGGGGUGUUUAAGAUCGAGGUUAUUCAGCCCCUCUUGGACAUGGCAGCUGGCUCUAGCAGUGCUGCUGCACCCUGCAUGGGCACAGAUGAGCCAGGUUCUUCCCCACCUCCAGCCAAAGAGCCAGUUACUGCAGUAACAGUAAGCUCCACCAUGACACCUGCUGCUCAGCUGCAAAACUCUGAUGCCUUUGCUGCUGUGGCACAGCUCUUCCAGUCCUCACAGGGUCAACAGCUUCAACAGAUGCUCCAGAACUUUCAGCAGCAGCCAGUGAAGCCCGAAAUCAUCACUCAGCCUCCAGUCCAUACCAUUCAUACACAUACUCAAAACGUCACCGCUGGCCUGGGUGUGGUCCCCCCGCAUCCUCCCCUGCCCACCCAACCCACCCAGCAGAAGACGGCCUUUGACAAGAAAUUGCUGGACCGUUUUGACUACGAUGAUGAACCAGAAGUCGGAGAAGAAACAAAGAAGGAUGAACUAUCGUCACAGCCCGCCUUUAUGCAGCAGCCUCCAGCCUUCCCACAGCACAUGGAGCACUUUAAACCACCACUGAUAAACAUGUCACAAGACCUCUCACAACAGGUUCCUCUUCCUCCUAACGGCCAGAUCCAGGCCUUUGGUUUACCGCCAGGACAAGGCUUCCCAGUUAUGAUGCCUCCUGUGGGGCAUGCUCUGCCUGGACAGCCCCUCCCUGGCUCCACUGGGCCCCCAGGAUUCCUGGGGGGAUAUGUUCCCCAUAAUGCAGCCCAGCAACAACAGGAUUUGUCAAUGGAUAUGGACCGUUCAUCUAUGAAGGAUGGCAGACAUGGGCGAAGGUCACACUCAGGCUCCAGAUCUCCAAAGCGGAGGAGGUCACGGUCUAAUUCCCGUACACGGCGAUCCAGGCACAGGCGAUCCCGCUCGCGCUCCAGAGACCGGCGUCAUCAUUCUCCACGCUCCCGCUCGCAGGAGCGCAGGGAGAGAGAGAAAGAGAGGGAGCGACGGCAAAAAGGCCUCCCGCCACCCAAGAGUGAGACACUAAGCAUUUGCAGUACAACUCUCUGGGUGGGUCAGCUGGACAAGAGAACACAACAGCAAGAUGUCGCCUGUUUACUGGAGGAGUUUGGGCAGAUAGAGUCCAUCAAUAUGAUCCCUCCACGUGGCUGUGCCUAUAUUGUCAUGAUACACAGGCAAGAUGCCUUCAGGGCUCUACAGAAGCUCAGUCGAGGAUCCUACAAAGUUAACCAGAAAGCCAUCAAGAUUGCUUGGGCAUUGAACAAGGGCAUAAAGGCUGAGUAUAAACAGUAUUGGGACGUGGAGCUGGGUGUCACCUAUGUGCCUUGGUCUAAAGUCAGAGAGGACCAGCUGGAGGAGCUAAAAGAAGGAGGAGUAUUUGACGUAGAUACCUUAUCACCAGAGUGGAGUGGAGUGAGGAAGACACUUGAGAACCCAGAGGAACUAACCCACAACGGCGGUUCAGAGCCACAGCAGCCGGAGGAGGCACAAGUAUUACCUGUGACUGCCGCAGCUGCUCCUCCCGCUCAGGUUCCUCCAAUGCAGCAGCCAAUGGUUGGUGUGGGUUCUCUCCAGCCUCCUGUCUUUCCUGGUCCCAUAGGCAUGCCUCCGCCUUCCUUCCCCCCAGGCGUUCCCCCUCCUCCUUUCAUCAGACCCGGCUUCAACCCCAUGCAAAUGCCUCCAGGUUUCCCUCCCCCUGGUGCCAUGCCUCUAGGUCUCCCACCUCCUUCCAAAGGUGGAGUUGAAGACCUACCUCUGGACCCAGCAGGUCUGGGCAACAGGAAAAAUGAUGAGAUCCCUGAGGGUCCCAACCUCUUCAAUAGCCAGAUGGGACCCAUGGGUAACCAGGUAGGCGUACCUCCAGGUGGUCCUCUGGGAAACAUCCAACCCCCUUCUGGUGGUCUGCUUGGCGCACGGCCCGGAAUAAUUCCACUCCAGCGUCCUCCAGUCCCCCCACCACCGCACAUGCAGCGUUUUCCUCCACCCCACGGGCCACGACCCCCUCACCCCAACAUGCCCCCCGUGCCCCCACAGAUGAUGGCCAGAGGGCCACACCCUCAAAUGAUGCACCACGAACCCCCUCCUCCAAAAGGAGGCUUUGGGAUCCCCCCUCCCCACAAUAUGAGGGCACCUUUCCCUCCGCAUGGGCAUGGCCCUCCUCCUCAAGGUCCUCCUCCUCCCUUUAUCAGACCAGGGGGUCCUCGUGGCCCGGAGGGGCCUGAUGACAUGGAUGUCAGACCAUUCAGGGGAGACAGGCCUGGAUUCAGGGACCGAGAGCCAGAGAGGGACAGAGACUGGGAUCGAAAUAGGGAUAGAGAGAGGGACCGAGGCUUUGGAGGUGGAAGGCGUCCAUUUGGUGAUGGAGGGAGGGGAGGAGGCGGUGAUAGAAUGGACGGGAGGGACAGGCUCGGAGGCUGGCAGGAAGACGGAGGCGAUCACCGGGGAGGUGGAUGGGAGAGAGACAGAGACCGUGAUCGGGACAGAGAUCGGGACCGUGAUCGGGACAGAGACAGGGACAGACGGGACUGGAGGGAGAGGCGAAGCAGCCUGGAUUGCGACAGAGAACGAGGGAGGGGUGACGAUGGGGAUAGGGAGCGAGGGAGGGGGGAGGGAGGAGAAAGAGGAAGGGGAGAAGGAGGGAGCCGAGGGAGAGGAGCUGAGGGGAAAGAAGGGGACAGACCAAGGCGAUCAGAACGGCGAGAGAGAGCCACGCGGUGGGACAGGGAUGAUCGAUUGGCAGAACUGGAAAAUAUGGACAGAUUUCGGACCUCUGACAGCACAGAGCAACCUCGUGUGACUCCUGUGGUUACCAUGGAAACCAAUAAAGAACCAAGUGUGGAAGAUUCAGAAAAGAAGGAAGAAUCAGAACCUUUAGCUCCGCCCCCAGAAAUAACUACUACUGCUGCAGCAGAGCCGCUGCCGUCUGAGCCCUUACCGUCAGCUCAAAGUGACCCUGUAGAAACUAAACAAGAAGCAGAAUCAUAAACUGGCUCACUUCUUUUUUAGCCAGAGACUGCUGGAAGAUAAAAAUGGUGUUUUUGACUGAUACCCCUGGUAGAUGAAUUUUGAAGAGUCACACUGUCAUUUUGUCAGUUGGUAAUUGGCAGUUUCUGGGCAGUAACACAUUUCUGGAAAACGAAUGUCUCCCAUAUGAAAAUAGUUGUUUUCAGACUUUAUGGUUUAUCAUCACAUUUGGCUUUGCAUCUGUGUCUUGACACACAUGACCACAUGAAAAUCAGUUUGGUAAAAUGGCUGUAGUUAAAUAUUGCCUGUCAACUCUAGUUUUUCCUCUUUCCUGUAAGUUAUAAGUAUGAAUGGGGUGCUUGCAUGUUAACUUAGUUCUGUCCAUCUGAGGUUAAUUUGAGUCUAGCUUUUAUGUUUUUUCUCAAGUUGGUUUACAGAUGGAGAAAUCAAAUGAUUUCUAUGACAGAUUUUUUUUUUUUUUUUUUUACUUCACGGCCUCAUCUGUGUAAUACCAAGCACUCCCCAACAAAAUUUUCAUUUAAAAAAAUAUUUUUUUUAAUCUUCCAAAAUAUGUCAAACACUGAAUAUCUUCUAAAACAUCUACUUUCUGAUAAUAGAGGCUUCUUUGUUGUUUUCAUCUCAUCUUGUGUUUUAUGUCUGCUCCUCUUUGCCAUAUCAUAGCCAAUAAGGCACAGUUGUCAAAAGGACUUCUAGGUGUUUGAGGGGACAAGGGCAUGGAUUUUAUAAAAAAAAGUACAAAUUGGGGAAGACAUGCUCUUCCAUGUUGGGGUAGAUAUUGAGAAUUAGGCCUAGUACUUUGCUCACACAAAUUGCUGCGUUUAUUUGGUAUUUUGUCCUCAUUUUUGACUUUCUCACCUGAUGUGCGCUUUUAUUGGCCAAUGUCCUUAAAACAGUCCACACUCAAAACAUGGUUUUUAUUUAAGUUUUUAAAAUGUGUGUAUUCCACUAGUACUGAGACUUACAAACACAGUACUGAUAACAAGCUGGAUGCAUCCUCACAAGGUCUCUAAAUCUAACUCAGAUGUUUUUUUUUUUAACUGAUAACGGGAAUUACACCCAAUUUCUUAUGAAAAAAGUAACACUCCUAUCAUUCUAAUAUUUGAGGAAUGAUGAAUGCUUCACCUUCUUUGAUCAUACUCUGCUUAUCCAGAUGUCACUUUGAAGCAACUUGUUGGUAUGGAAAACUUUUAAUUCUUGGUGUGUGUAACACCAUAUUCUUUGGUCACAGAAAUAUUACAUAGACAAACACAGACCACCGUAGAGGCUCAGAACAAGUGACUAAUCUUUAGAUGUUGGUGUCAUCAAAUUUCUCGAUAUUGACUGAACGACCAAAAAGCAUUUCAGAUAAGAUAUUUCAACAUAAUAUGCACAAAAAUUAAGAAUGAAAGAGAAGAAGAAACUUGUUGAGGAAGUAAAGAAAUUUGAUAAUGUAAUGUAAGGAGGAGUUUCAGUACAAGAGUAGUUCAGUGGAUCUAGACAUAGUGAUCUAUUGGUAUGCAAACACAAAAGAGGAUUACAUGUAUUUAUGAAGACUUGUUCCCGGAUGAGCACCAGCUGUUGAAAAUCUCAUUUAAAAAAAAUCAUUUGGGGUUCUAUUGAAUGUUUUGACAGUCAAAUCUUUUUAUAUCCUUAAGGUGAAAUGGAAGUAAAAUGCCAAUGCAAAUUCUUGGUGUAUACUUUGUAAAAGUUUUCUGUUGUCUAGAACUGUGUAUAUUUUAUUUUUCAGUUAAGGAAAUAGAGUAGACCCUUUUUUUUUUUUUUUUUGAUCCAACUGGAAAAUCCAACAUGUUUAUUAAAAACAAUUGUACACCACAGGAAAAAUGUGCAUAAAUUCAGGUGCCAUAUUGGCUUUUUGAACACCUGUUAGCAGGCAGAAUCGAUAAGCUUUAUGUCUAUGGUGGUCUUUUCUUUUACCUGUUUUGUAUGGAAGGAAGCGGGGUCUCUCUUGGGUUAGAGUUGAUUUGUGUUUGGACACCUCUUUCAUUUUUCUCAUGUACGUCAGUCAAACUCUGAUUUGAAUUAGUUUUGCCACAAAUACAAAAUUUAACCAUGUAUCUUCUUUUAUUGUCUUUGAUAAACAGCUUUCAAAGCUAGUGUCUGUUUCACUGAAGACACACUGUAUCGGAUAUUACGUUGCUGACAUCGGAAGCCCAGAUUCUGCAAGCCCAACUCAUGCGGUGCUUGAAUAACUAAUUUAAACUCAAAAGAACCAAGGGCAAAAGUAAAGUGAUGAAAUGAAGAGUAUUGCUUGGGACACACUGCUGUAAAUAUGCUUGUAUCACUGACGAUUCCAAGGUGUAAUGGUAAAUGUUGUUUAUAAUCUGUUAUCCGUUUAUCCGAGAGAAACAAAUAGACUUGGAAGGAACAACAGAGGCCCUUUGCUUUAACGUUUUUAACUCCUAAUGGUUUGAAAGUUGACAGAUGUUUCUAUGGUUUGUUAAAAAUACAAAAGACAUGGAAGUAAAAUCUUCAAUAUUUCAGCCAUAGGAAAUUGUUUUUAAUAAACUAUUUUUGUACCAAA